AUGCUCGCUCUACCACUCAUACCUCCUCAAGAGGACCAGUCUUCCUUCUUGCGCACGACAUAUCGCCCACGAGCCGACUCUCCCCCGCCAAACAACACUCAGAACCAGCAACAGAAUCAUCGUGAGCGGCAAAGACGCGAUGAGGAGAGGAAGCUUCACCAUGCGCGAAGUCCGCUAGCACUUCUAUGCACCGACGAGACAGCCAUUGAACAGCGCAAAGCAGCAGUGCGUAACUUUGGCGCGCAAUGGAUCCGACCGCCCGGUGUUCCAAAGACUCUGCAAGCAACGCGAGAGGAAGAACUAGAACGACAAGAACAGGCGGAGAUAGAGAGGCAGGAACGCGGUCUGUUGGACAUGCAAGCGCAGCAGCAGCUGGCAGAGGCGCAACAACAAGCUGCUGAGACUGCGGAUGCGCAAGACGCGGGCGAAGGUGAUGAGGAACAUGAUCUCGAUGCAGACAUUCCGGAUGCAGAUGCGGGAGAAGACCAAACGACUGCCGAGACAACUUUCAACGAGGACAGCAUGAUGGGUGGUAGUCAGAUUCAAUUCCCCGAGGACAAUGAUCCUGAUGUCAACGAAGAGCUUGAGGAGGCCGAGCUUACAGGUGCUGCGAGAGACGAGGAGGAUUUAGGCAUGGGCAUGGGUCGCGAUCUUGACGAUUCUGUCCCCGAGGCAGGUUCUUACCAGCAUACCGAUACUGAGCAAGAAGACCACAGCGACUCCGAAUCUGAGCUCGUCUCGUUUGUGGGAAGGAGCGCCGCUCAGCAGAAUCGCAUGCGAGCACAAGUCGCUGCAGCGGACGCUUUGCCAAGGAGCCCAGGUAGCAUCAAUCUGUCAAGUUCGAUAUUGGACAGCUCCAUGGCAACGAGUAGCCCAGUGCUGCAAAGAUCGAAUGCCGGUGGACGCGGUCGUGGAAGGCGCGCUCGUUAG